UGUACACGCACAACGCCUAGCCAGCAGUUGGCGUUUAACUUUACUUUGCCUUCGCGGACUUCCGUAAUGUUGGGCAAUUGUGGAUGGUUAUUUCACGGUGUGAGAAAGAAAGAUCGAGGGACAUACAUGUACCUCCAUUGAGUGCUUUGUACCAAUGUGUUCUGUCCAAAGACAGGAAGUUUGAGAUCAGAGGAUUGAAGCUAAACGCAUAAAGUGGUUUUACUGUUGCCAGCCCAGCCAUUCUGUCUCUGGAAAUCUUCAAAGCCAGAGCUGACAGGUGCCCUGUCAAGGUGAACGUGCGAGAGCCCCAACUCAUUAGCGCAGUUACAUCAACUGGAUUAUUGUAUUCGUGCUUCCUUGGAAAAGUGACAGUCCCACAAGUAAAGUUUAGCUGACCUGUGCAACGAUGGAUCCACACAUGUACAAGUUGCCGGACGGCAAGUAUGCCGAUGGCUCGUGGGAGCUGAACAUUUAUGUGACAAACCUGGAGCUGGAGAAGCAGAUUAGAGUCACAGGAGAUCUCCACAUCGGUGGUGUCAUGCUCCAACUUGUGGAGUCCCUUGAUUUAAAGGAGCAGAGAGAUUGGUCUGAUCAUGCCAUCUGGUGGCCGGAGAAGAACCAAUGGCUGAAGCGGACUGGGUCCACCCUGGACCAGUGCCAUGUCCAGGCAGACGCCAGGCUACAGUUUACGCCCAUGCACAAGACGCUGCGAGUCCAGAUGCCAGACAUGCAGCUUGUGGACAUCAGGGUGGACUUUUCCACAGAUGUCUUCUCAUCAGUGAUAGAACUCUCCAAAGAAGUUGGAGUACGACACCCUGAAGAGCUCUCCUUCCUCAAGAAACCAAAUGCCCGUGCCUCAACUGUCAAACAGCGGAGCAAUGGCCGUAAGAAAAAAGACCGGGACCGUGACUCCAUGGCAUCCAGCAACAGCAAUGAGGCGGCGUCCACGGGAAGCCUGGAUGGUAUCCCCCCACACACCCCCACCCGUCGGCCCUCCCCGGGGUUCAACCGGCAGAUGACGCCAGGAUCAGUCAACUCCACGCCAGGCCACAAUGGCAACACCACCGUCCUGUCGGUGCACAGCUCAGGGUCCAACUUCAGCGACAGCUUUGAGAACUUGAACAUGUCGCUGCUGAACAGUCCACGGACGCCCAGCCGGGAGGCACGAGAAGGGCUGAUCAGGCCCAACAACUACCGGGAGAAGGCUGCCAUCAAUGCUGGAUGGUUAGACUCGUCCAAGUCCCUCAUGGAGCAGGGAAUCCAAGAGAAUGACACCUUGAUGCUUCGCUUCAAGUAUUUUGCCUUCUAUGACUUGGACCCCAAGCAGGACGGAGUCCGAAUCAACCAGAUCUACGAGCAGGCUAAGUGGGGGCUCCUCAAUGAGGAGAUAGACUGCACAGAUGAAGAGAUGAUCAUGUUUGCUGCCUUACAGUUGCAAGUGAAUCUCCAGGCCCAGAUGCCCCAGCCUGACCGGAAGCUACAAGAGGGUCAAGAUGACAUCGACAAGGCCCUGACAAACCUGCAGGUGUCGUUAGAGGGCAGUUCAAUCACCACCGGUCAGAGUGACAUCACAACAGUUCCUGAGUUGUGCGACAACCUGCGCUUCUUCAGGCCAAAGAAACUGACUUUGAAGGGCUACAAGCGAGGGUAUUUCAUCUUCAGAGACACGCAUCUGACGCAGUACAAGGCACAAGAGGACAACCAUGGGCCACCUGUGCAAACGCUCAACCUUAGCGGUUGUGAGGUGUCACAUGAAGUCAGCAUACCCCAUGACAAGUACGGCAUCAAACUGUUGGCCAAGGCCCCGGAGGGACCCAUAGAGUUGUGGCUGCGGUGCGAAUCCGAGGAGCAGUACGCCAAGUGGUUGGCCGCUUGUCGGCUAGCUUCGAAGGGAAAGACAAUGGCAGACAGUAGCUAUCAGUCAGAGGUUCAAGGCAUCCAAGCGUUCCUCAGCAUGCAGCAUAGUAAGAAGACCUCCAGCCCUUCCAUCACCACGGAGAAUGUGGACAUUCAGGCAGAGGACUACGUGUCUCCGAGGUUCCUCAAGAAACACAAACCUAAGCAGGUUGCUGCGCGCAUUCUUGAGGCGCACACCAGCGUCCGGAACAUGAAGUUGAUGGAUGCCAAGCUGAACUACAUCAAGGCCUGGCAAGCGCUCCCGGAAUACGGCGUCACCUACUUCGUGGUCAAGUUCAGAAACUGUAAAAAAGAGGAGCUGAUCGGUGUGGCCUAUAACCGCCUGAUCAAGAUGGACAUCAACAGCGGCGACUCACAGAAGACAUGGCGUUACAGCACCAUGACGGCGUGGCACGUCAACUGGGAGGUCAAGGAGGUCCUGGUACAGAUGGAGGACGAGAACAUCCAGUUCUCCUGCGCCUCAGCCGACUGCAAGGUGGUGCACGAGUUCAUCGGGGGUUACAUCUUCCUCUCCAUGAGAUCCCUGGACUCCAACCAGACCCUGAACGAGGAGAUGUUCCACAAGCUGACGGGUGGAUGGGUCUGAAGACCGUUGUUGCAAUAAUCAACACAUGUACAUACUGUAGUUAUCUCAGAAUCAAGGACAGACUUCUACAAGUCUUGGGGUUGGAGGAACAAAUUUUUUCUUUGUAUUUGACAAAAAACCAGUUCAUCUACUGUCUCACUUGGACAAAUUUUGAAUAUUGCCUUGAUGCAAGUUUGUUUGCAAACCACGGAAUUAGUUGGACAUUUGUAACUUAAAAAUACUUGGAGGGAGCAUUUUCGACAAGAAGUAGGAGUUUUGGACGGUGUCUGUAGAGGAUGUGCGACUUGGAACAUUGAAGGUGUUGUUACUAAAGACCUACAUGGAUGUGGAUCCUUGGAAGAGUUGACGAAGGGAAGAAGAAGUACAACACCACCUACGGGGUAAAGAGUUCAAAGGUUAACUUUGUCAUGAAUGCCUGCCAUAUGGGGAGCUGAAGAACAAAGCUUUAAGACAACUUCAUCUUGAAGCGGCUGGCAUCGCUGCAGAGAGUAAUAUUUGAUGUUUGCUGAAUAGUUGUUGGAGGUGGUUGUUGGGAUUAACUUGGAAAUUUGUCUCCAUGAGAAAGAGGUUGUGCUCUACGAAAUGCUGGGUGAUGUAGCAGUGACAGGAAUAAGCAGCAACAAGCUGAUUCUGUACAUAAUUUAUAAAUAGUGUAUCCCUUUUAACAGCAAUUUGAAUUUAGUUUUAUGAAUUUUUAAUGAACAAACGCAUUUAUCAAUUUCAGCACAUGGCACAGAAUAGACGGGAAAAAUUUUGGAGGAAACAAAAACAAAGAAUUGCUGCCUUUCUGUGAUGCUCUGCAAGUUCAAAGGCGAACCUGCUGUAUAUAUAGCCAUACACAUAGGUCAAAGGUUAAGGUGUGCAUGCUGGUGACCUCAUUAAUAUUGAAAUGUAUGUGCACAUUUUUAAAUAUUAAAGCAGCCUCUCCUUUUUAAGAGAUAUGCUUCUGUUCGUUAUUUCAUUUUUAACCAACUUUCAGAAUGUAAUCCUAACACAUGGAGCCUAUAUUUAGAUUAACUGUUACCUUAGAUGUCUUUAAAAAUCUGGUCUUUUUUAGCAACUGUACAAAUAUUUUCUAACGCUUUUUAUCAAAUUUACCCAAUUAAGUAGAUGACGCAUUGAGCAAGUAGAAAAAUUGUUCUUACGCAAUCAUGUUAAGUUUAAUAGAGAAAAAAAGAUAAAGGCUGAUUCUUGUGAGGAACAAAAAUCCCGUACCGGUAGUUGCUUAAUCCUCCAAAAAAAAAAAGGGUUGGAACAGGUUAGUUUCAAUAUUGAUGGCCUUAACCAAUGAAGCACUUAGAAUUCUCUGUCAUUUAAUCAACAAAAACAAAAAUGAACAUUUGGGCUAACUUUUGCGGUGGAGAACCAUUCAGAAUUCUUAAUCUAAAGGCCAGUUGAGGUGGAAGGAAACAGACAUGCCCUCGGUAAGAUUCGAGUGAUGAUUGGCUGUCCAAAUCUUACCCACCAGUUGUAAUACUAAGCAGAGUGGAUUCAGUUCUCACAGACAAUCUGACUUUUUGAUAAAUUUUGUCGAGUUGUUAAUAUGUCCUUGACCAAAGGAGCAUUCAUUCAAUGAACUUAGAUGAUGAAAUGCUGCCUCAAGAGUUUCCAAAUCCGCAGAAAUGAUGGCAUUUUGUAAUUUGUUUCUAUUGGUCUAAACUAAAGAUGCAUUUCCAGAUGUACAUUUCUUGAUGUGUCGAGUACACAGUGUAUUCAUGUGUUUCACUUUCACGGACCAGGAACAUAAGACAUGUGUGCAUUGCAUUCACCACGGGAGCGAUGUUGACAGAUAUGCAACGCUUGGCACAAGUGUUGAUGUGCAUAGGGAAAGGUGCCUUUUAGUUGUUUUAUUUGGUGUAUGUGUUGGGCAUGCCAAGUCACCAGGCAUACACUGUUCGUGGAAAGUUGGGUUGUUAUGCAAGAAGUGCCAAGUACAAAUUUUUGCAUUUGCAGGUUAACAGGGGUAUGGCACCAGACUAUUUCAUAGCUGAAGACUGCUUCAUGUGUGUAUAACUUGUCCAGAACUAUAUAAUGAAGCAGCAGUGCAUUUAGUCAGAAGCAUUGACAAUAUUAAAGUGCUUAUACAGUCUAAUAACAGAGGGUACCAGACACAAUUCAAGUGUAAGCUUGUUUUUGUUCAGCUUCCCGUGUUGUGGACGCUUGUAAUUGAAAUUCACAUUUCUACAAAUCAUGGGCCCCACAAAAAUCUGCUACAGCAUCAGACUCUGAAAGACCACUAGAGCCGGUAGUUUUAUUUGCUAGUGACGUUCUGUGCAUUGUUGUACCAUAAGUUGUAUGGACUUUCCAUGAGGGCCUUUCAUUUCCAAAGAGCCAGAAGUCAAUGAAGUUUUCUCAAUGAACUUUUAAGUGGCAGUGAACCAACCUCAAGCUUCACCUAAAGUGCAUGUUUUAAAGUCUUUGUGCAUAGCCUUCCUGCAGAUUUCUUUUCCACCUUGGAGACUUGACAUUAAUCAGUUUUGCCAAGCAUUGAUUUAUUUUUCCAUCCGACGUGCUGUGACAGGCUUUAAACUCCUGAGAAUUGGGGGGGGUGUCAGUCAGUGUUGCAUCAACUUCUAAUUAACCAGUUGGAAGAAACAUACAUGUAGGAUUGUUAAGAAACUCAAAAAUAGGUUUUCUACUUAAACCUUUGCAUUUAGAGAAAAAUUUGGGGGAAAAUCCGAUUUUAAUUUCAGUUUUCAGGAUUUCCUUCUUUGUCAAUUUGCAAAGGGCAGCCUCUCCAUCUGAAAUUUUUGACUCACUGCAACAUGAAACAUCCUGUUGUAUGGUUUCUGCAAUUUCUGUUCUGAAACAGUAAAUGAAAGUUGGUCUGAUGUAUAUCAAGGAAGCGUUUCCCAAUAUAGCAUUACAUCCACGUUUCGAACAAUAUCAGAAUAUGAUAGGGGAACCGUUUGACUUUGGGCGGUCCCUAAAUGUCAGAACUGUCUCUUAAGGUUAAAUAUAGACCAUUCACUGGACUGACCCUAGUAGUAGUUGUCACUGAAUCCCUGUCUGACGUCCAUUUGUUUUGUGUGUGUAAGUAUGGGCUAAUUACAGAGAUAGGAGUUAUGAUAGAUGGGUUUUGGUAUGUUGUGGUUAGCCUUGACUUGUGAGUGAAGUCCUAUUUGUAACAUAACCCUAAUCGGCUGAGUAUCGCUUUGGCCAUUAAGGACCGUAUGCCACAGAAUACAUCAGAUAUUAUAUUAAGUGUAGUAAUGUAUACUAAAAAGUAGUAGAGGAAUUGUGCACUGGUCGGCUACAGCACUGGGUACUAGAAGUAUUAUUUUGAGAUCAGUUUUAAGGCCUACCACAAGAGUUGUAUUUACUUUACCGAUGUUAUUGUCAAAGAUUAAAGGUGACAUUGCUGUUGAGUGACAUUUGCCGGAAAUACUCCUGACUCAUAUUGUAGUUUGUAUCUCCACUCGAUCGAAACCGCCAUUGACCCAGAUUUGGAAAUACCCUCGCCGUCGAGAGAAAGACUUGUGGAAUGCCGCUGACCAGAUGUUGGGCAAAUGCCAGAUGGCUGAGAAGUCAGGGAUAAGCUGCUUGCAAAACAGAGCUAAUAUACCUUCGGCAUGUAACAGUUCUAGAAAAGCAGCCCCUAGAAGCAAUGCACUGCACAGUGUGAGGUUUGUUUAAUUUUAAAGAGCUUGUAGAGGUUCUUUUAAAAAAGGAGUGUUGUCACUAGGCUGUUUUGACAAUGCUGAGUUUGUCCUGGUUGUUUGCAAGCCCAACUACAUUUUGAGAACAGUACCUUUGCUUUGCUGGAGAGACUUCUGUUUAAUGUGAAUUGAAUUAGAAUUAUUCUGUGAGUUGGGCCAUGUCAUCAAAUUCACUUAGCUCAAGUCGGCUGUUGCUUGAAUUUACUCACAAGUCUGCUUGUGGCUCCAGCUACUUCCUACUGUAUUGUGUAAAUGUAAUGAGUAAUCCCCAGUCAAGUGAUUUGCGGUCUUAUGUUCUCUACUGCCCUCAUUUUUAUGUACAUUUAUGUCAGAGCUUUUGCUUUAUUUGUCAACAUAGGUAUUAACGUCUUCCUUGAUGUUGAAAUAUUUGCAUUUCUGGGUGUUUUUUCCUCCAUAUUAGUGCAUUAUGUCAUGUGUGUCAGAUACCUAUUAAAUAAGGAAUUCUCUUCUCUGUAGUGAUGUUUUUAAAUUCUGUAUUUUAUAAGUUUCUGUGUCCAUCAAAAAGAUACCUACAUGCACAUUAUAGGAUUCGAACUCUAACUUAUAGACUACUAGUGUAAACUGUCUCUUCACAGCUGAUGGCAUGGGUUCAAAUCCGCCAUUUGUAUAUCUUUCUUUUUUAAACAGGCACUCCAUACAUCUUAAUUUGGAGUGAAUUUUCUUCACAGGCUCUCCAUACAUUGUAAAUUCACUGUGGUAGUGCGGGAAAGGCUAAACCACUGUUGAUCAUCCCGGCAUAGUUUUUAUUUAUAGUACCAUUUUAAUUGAAUAUAUGAAUUUACUUUAAAAUUGUAAGAACCCUACGUUUUUGACUGUGUGUUGAUUGUGUGUUGGAAGUAAACUUAGAGAUAGGGCUGUAAUCGAGUCCAUCUCAAGUCUUUCCACAAGUAACGAGGUGAACAAUAAUCAAAGAAUGUUUUUAUUGUCACAGUUCAGUGGAAUUGCUUCUCAAUUGGGUUGAAAAUGGAUAGCCUUGUGAUGGACUUCCAGGGACUUGCGAUGGACUUGUGAUAUGUUAGCUUAAGUCAGAGAGCUUUCAGUGGUGCCUGUGAUUUGCUCUGUCUUCAAAUAUCCUGAAAGGUUCUUCCAGUGAAUGAGAUUGUUAGGUUUUCAAUUUUGUGUAUUAUUAUACUUUUUAGUUUCUUGUUCAUGCCAGUUGCAUAAAUGACUUAUAUUUUCCGUCAUUAAGCAUGCAUGUAUGUACAGACUAACUUUACUUAUGUAGUCAGCCUUUAUUUCUGUGCAAAUCAUGUUAGAUACAAUCCACAUUACACUACACGUUGAGGGCAGUUUGUUUACAGAGGACCUGUUCUCUUGUUCUGGUCCUCAGUAGCAUAACUAUGGGGGGCAUUGGUACAACUUAACCCCAGGUAAAUUCCAAAAUCCCAUAAAGCAUUUGACAACCAAGGCAACCUCGUCCACUUGUGGACUUUUUUAUCUCAACUCUGGCCAAACAUUGGUUAGAAAUUGUAUAUCUCUUAGGAUAAAUGGUAUAGUAUGCUUGGUGUCAAAUUUGUCAGUGAGAUUUGUAUGUCAGACUAAAAAAAACUGUUUGUAAAAGUGCCCGUAAGUUGUUCUGUGCAUAAGCAUAUAACCAAUAUGUCCCAUUCUUUUACAGUUUGCUUUGCCAACUAUUGUUUCUCUGUUAAAUUUAUGCUGAACUAUUUUAUAAACUUGUACAUAUAUUUUAGUAUAUGAAAUGUAAUACUGAGUCUGCCCACUCGUUCCUCAGAACAAUCUGGAAAACUUUUUGAUGACAGUUACUCUUUAAUAGUUUGAGAUGAUCGCGUAGAAUUUUCACCAUUUUUCAAGACUGGGAUCUUGCGACAAAUGUUACAGGAAUGAAAUAUUUAGAAAAGAAAUAGCGAAGUAGCAGACGAGGGGACAGUGGAAGUAAUGGUUGAUGGUAACUGUGUAUAGAAUUUUGUUAUUUUUAAAAAGGAAAAUAUUGGUACUUUGCCUGCAUGCUGGGUGCAUCAAAUUUAUGGUUUUAAUAUCAAGCAUAAUCUAGAGUUCUAAUCCUGUGACCAGACAAUAAUAAAGUAAUGUUUUAUACAUAAAACAGCA